GAUCACGUGUGGACAAUUUCAUAGUUUUGACAAGACUAUAACUAAGGAUACGUCUGACAGACAUGGAGGGGAAGUUCAACAAAAAAUCAAUUUCAACUACUGGGUUAGAAGUGAGUUUUCUUACUGUCCAGGCUAACACUGAACACUGGGGUAGAGACGUUAGUGUGAGAGAGGAAGGGAUCAGGAUUGUUACCCACCGAGAGAGGAAAAAGACACAGACCUGGGCAGAGGAUGAGAAAUUCCUUGCGGAUAUGGAGCAGCUAUUGGAAGAGGCAGAUGCUUUAGUGAAAAGAGAGCAGAGGGCCGCAGAUGCCAGAGAUGGUAUUGCCCUGCGCAGCAAAAGGACAGCAGCACAGAGAAAGAGAGAGAACGAGGAAUUCCUCAAAGAGCUGGAUCAGCUGCUGGAUGAGCUUGAUGAAGACCCCUGGGAUGAAGGUGGCAGCCCCAGCAAGGAUGGAAGUAGGGCUGCUCCUCAGAUGAAGGAAACCGCAAUGACAGAUGACACAGAUGACACAAAUGACACAGACCAAGACCUUGAGAAGCUAAUGGACGAAAUUGAGAGGACUUAUGGCCAACCUGCCCCGCUGUCCGAACCUGACAGCAAUGACCAUGAGAACAGAAAGCAAGAAUAUCCAAGCAACUGCUCUAGACCAGAAAGCAAGGGCAACAGCACUGAGGCUGACCACAUAGGAGAGGAUGACACUGAAGGACUGGUCAGUGCUGAAGCUUAGCAGGAACUUCAGUCCAAAGCUCAAGACCUAGAACAGUAAUGGACAUCUUUGAAUUCUACAGCAAGGACGAUCGACUUUCACAAACAAUUCUCUCAAUGCAUACAGAAAGGGGAAAGGGAGCUUUCUCUGUAUAGAUAAGCAUCCGAGCAGCCAUUCAAUACUGUGUGUGUUUGUGGAACACUAACUUUGCACAAGAAGCAAUUAAAAUUUGGCGAAAUUA